ACGAGCCUUCUUUCUCCAUCAGGAAAUGACAGGCGGAUAGGCGAGGAAGCCGCGGAGGAAGCCUUGUAGCCACGUGAUUCUAAGGCAGGGGCGGGAUGCAAUUAGAGUGACUUCGCUGGGGCGAACCUGCAAGGCGAGGCGAGGAAGUGAGGCUUGGAGGAAACUAUAGGAUCCUUAGCGAAGCUGUCACGGGGAGUGGCAGGUGACUUCGGAGGUUAAUUUCACAUGUCAUCCGAAAGUGUGAUAGUUACCAUUCGUCUAAUUCGCUCUUUUGAGCAUCGUAAUUUCAGGCCCAUUUUGUACCGUAAUGUUAACCUGGACCAGACUGUAAAAGAAUUUAUUGCGUUUGUGAAGAACGAUAUCACAUCGAGGACAGAACUUUUGCCGCCUUUCAGAAAAUAUACGUAUGACACAAUGAAGAUUAUCCAUCAAGCGCAUGGCUCUAAGACCAAUGAACUUGUUCUGAGUUUAGAGGAUGAUGACAAAUUCAUUUUGGCAGAAGACAGCACCUUGAAAGCAGCUGGAGUAGCGAAUGAAACAGAGCUGGCAUUUUUCUGCAUGGACGAUUACAGAAACUAUAAAACCAAUCCUGUUGCUACCUGGUGAAGACCAAGAAAAUUGAAGGAAAAAAAAUUCUGUACUGUUAAUGAGAAGGUUUAUUUUGAAAUUCUAAAAAUGUAUGUUAACAAGCAUUGAGACUUUUAUUUACAGCAAUGCAAGAGCCAUUGCAAGGGUGGGGUGGGGAUCGACUACAAACAAUGAUAUUGCUUUCCGACGAGACUAAUUUCACUUCCUGAAUUUGUGAUUUUUUUUUAAUAAUAAACAUACGUUGAUACCUUC